CUCAUCUAUCAACACUGGCAAAUAUUCAUAAGAUUUACCACACUCUUAAUAGGCUGCAUUUGGAGAUGAAGCCAUGACAGCUUCUUGCUAUAAACCCUAGGAUUUUUUUUCAACACAAUGGAAAGACAAAUUGCUGAAAUUUGUACAAAGGACAAGGAAUGAAGGGAGACUUUAUUCAAAGCACAUCUCCACAAGUAGGAAAGAUGAAGCCUCCUCCCCACUCAGAUUUCCUCCUGACCACAUUGCUAGAUGCACCAUGGAUUUUAUUUCAGAUGACCUUCACCUAAUGGCUGCAGAAUCCUGUGGCAUGUCCAUCCUCCCCUUUCCUCAUGAGUAAGAUGAGAAUUUGACAGAAGACGUUGGUCAAGACGAUCACCAAACAGGAAGUCUCAGGUCGUGCAGUUCAUCAGACUGCUUUAGCAAAGUGAUGCCUCCAAGAAAAAAGAGGCGACCUGCAGCUGGAGAUGACCUAUCAGCUAAAAAAAGUAGACAUGAUGGAAUGUACAGAAAAUAUGAUUCUACUAGAAUAAAGACGGAAGAUGACAUGUUCUCGAGCAAGAGGUGCUUAGAAUGGUUCUAUGAAUAUGCAGGAACAGAUGAUAUUGUGGGUCCUGAAGGAAUGGAGAAAUUCUGUGAGGACAUUGGGGUUGAACCAGAAAAUGUAGUUAUGCUUGUUUUAGCCUGGAAGCUGGAUGCUCAGAACAUGGGUUACUUUACGUUGCAAGAAUGGUUAAAAGGAAUGACAUCCCUGCAAUGUGAUACAACAGAGAAGCUAAGAAAUUCUUUGGAUUAUUUGAGAUCUUUAUUAAAUGAGCCUACAAAUUUUAAACUUAUUUACAGAUAUGCAUUUGACUUUGCACGUGAAAAGGACCAGCGAAGUCUAGAUAUAAACACUGCCAAGUGUAUGUUAGGACUUCUCUUAGGAAAAACAUGGCCUCUCUUUCCAGUAUUUCAUCAGUUCCUAGAGCAAUCUAAAUACAAGGUCAUCAACAAGGACCAAUGGUGCAAUGUUCUGGAGUUCAGCCGAACCAUUAAUCUUGACCUCAGCAAUUAUGAUGAAGAUGGGGCAUGGCCAGUGUUGCUGGAUGAAUUUGUGGAGUGGUAUAAAGAGAAACAAAUGACAUAGGAAUUUUAACUAUGCACAGCCGCUCAAGAGUCCCUGUUACUACAGUUAUGUCGACCAUUAGCCAUAAACUGCUAUUUGUAUAAAAGCGCAUGCUGCUUUUCCUGCACUGCAUCCCGUUUUUGGGGACCUUUUGGUGUUUUGCUGUUUAAGAGGCCAGCUCUGCUUGCUGUGUAGCAUUGUUCUCUUCGAAGGCUGCUUUGCAUUUUUGUAUCUACACUACAGAUGGUGAACUUAACCAGCAUCCUCACUGUGAUUUAUGUGUAUAUUGCUGUCUAAAUUUUGUAUAUGUGUAUAAAAAAAGCUUCACCUAGGAGUUACUCCAGAAGUGUAUUGUAAAAAUAAUUUUGUGGCAUAUUUCUAGUUGCAUUAAAUAACCAUGUAACUUAAUUUUUAAUUUUAAUUUGGUCUCGGACGUAACAUUUCAGGAAAAAAGUGAUUGUUGAGACUGUUACCACGUGGAACUAUUGCCCGUUAGCGACAAGAUGCCAAUUUUUGAGAGGAUAUCCUGCAGUAUGAUUUCUUCACAUGCAGAUGCCCAACUUCAGUUUUGUUUAGUAAGCAAGUAUUGGCUGUCUUUUUAUUGAAAACCUGUUAAAAGUGUAAUAGCUUGACUAGAGUCGUACGUGCCACAAGGAUUUCCACUUGGUGAUACUGCUGACGUCCUAAUAUUCAGAUUCCUGUAGUUCGCAAAUAGGUGCAGAUUAAAUCUGAUUAAAAAAAGGGUUUUAGACUUGUAAAAUGGCAUAUUUCUUUAUUUCAGUUUUGCUGUUCUAGUGUUUUGACUGUAUUGAUGAUGAAAGCAAAAUGAAGCCUCUUGUAAAAUUUAACAUAGAUUGGCGGGUGAGUUUCAAGGUCUGGAAUUUCUUGUUAAAUCUGAACCGAAAAGCCUUGCAAACGUGGGAAUCUAAAGAAGGCAAUGGCAUCUUUUAUUCCAGGGAUUGGAUUUCCUAGCAGAAUGCCUGUUGCAGGCAAUGGGCUCACUAAUCACCAGCAUUGUCACUCAUUUGGGACCACUCUUAUCUGUCUGUACAUGAAAGUUCAAGCCAUUGCUUGCUUGAGGAAGCCGAAUUCAUGUGCUAAGAAAUGUCUUUUCAUGUUAUCUCUGCCUCAGCCUUCCUUAUAAAGUUUAAUACUGAAUUUUUGACAAAGGUUACUUAGUGGGUAGCAGACUGCGGAAAUACUUCCAAAAAUCCAAUGGUGAAUGUUAAAUUAAUGGACAGAGUGCUAAAAAUGGAGUUUGCAAUAAAACAUUAGCAGGCUUUUUGUUGUUAGAGGAAGUUAAACCAUAAGUAAACGUGUUGUUUUGAACUCUCAGAGCUCAGCCUAAAUGUAAAAUCAAUGCAAAUUCCUUUAUUUUAUCAUUAAAUUGCUUAAAUUAUUGGUAAGCAGCAACCUUUUAGGACUGGGUACUUGUAAAUCAGUGUUUCAUUGAAUUCAGCCUCUUUAGAUCCCAGUCCAGUAUAAUUCUGCACUGAAGAGGGUGCUGAAAUUUAUCUGUUUCCAGUGGUAUCACAACAUGGAAUAUUAUGACCCUUAACUUUUGGGAGGGCAGAAGGUGUUUGGAGGUCUACCACCAGAAUAGUGAGGUUGAAAAGUCUCAGUGUGUACAGCUCUCUGUAUCCCUGCUGUGGUGGUUGUAUUAGAAUUUAGACGUUUGAAAGCUAUUCACAAAAUCAGCCAUUAUGGAUAUAAAUAAAAUACCGUGUUAGUAAAAUCUUACCCUUUUGUUUAACUUGUUCUAUUGAAAACAAAUACAAAAAAGUAAUGGAUCCUAUAGUUGCUUGCUUGUAUAAAACAUGCAAUGUUAUCUACAGGUUGUGAUAUUUCCACAAGGCAACGUGCAGUAGUCAAGUUGCUUAUUAAAUCAUGUUUUUUAAAAAAUGUGCUAACAUGUAUUACAAUUGGCAUAGCCAUAAAGAAAAGCUUGUGAAGCUCUCAAAGGAAGGUGUGGGGGACUGCAGGCUUUAUUGCAAGCCAUUUUGCUGAGAUGCCGCGAUCCAGCCAUUUGUGCAAUCUAGUUUAAAGAUAAAAAGUAUUAUAAAUAAGGUCCAUAAAAGUAUCAGAUAACGGGCUUUUGGGACAGAGUCUCACUUUAAAUUUUUAUGCUUGGAUAUGACUACUAGAGGACAAAACAAAAGCACCUCAUCAAAUUGUGAAGAGACCACGCUGUAAAAUCUGUCUUUCCUUUACAGCUGAAACAGCAAAUGGGAAUAGAUGGGUUCUGGAUUCUGAAGUUACUGGUGCAACAUGUAAAGGCAUUGGGUGGAUUAAAAUUUAUUGCCUCCAAACAAUCAGUUUUGCUACAAGUCACAAGCCAGGAUUCAAGGUACAUGUGCAAAGCAUUUCUCUCUCUGUGUGAAGUAGUACUAGGCUGCAGUCUUCUUUCCACCCCAAUUUUCAUCGCAAGCGCUUCCUUUCUCGCAUAAUGUUGCUUUGGAGGCCCUGUGAUGUGCAGGGGUGCAUAUAAUUUUACAUGCCAGACCCAGUUCAACAAGCUGCUUUUGUAUCUUAUACUCUGCUAGAAAUAUCCCAAGAAGAAAAAGUGAGAACUUGCCCUUGAAUUUUGCAGUGAAAGGCAGGCUCUGAAACAGGGUUGGGUCAACCUUUUGCCCUCCCGGAUAUUGCUGCAAUGCGGCUGCCAUCAUCAUCCCCUGAUCGCUUGCUUUGCAUGCUAGAGCUGAUGGGAGUCCAGCAACUUCUGGAGUGGCACAGGUUAACCUGUUUCCCUAAAUGUAGCUAAGCAUCAAUUUAGAACAAAAGCUUUCUUAUUGAUACACGUAACCAAAUUUGAGGAAAAUGAAAAGCAAGAUCCAUUGCUCACAGUCCAGUUUAUGAUUUAAUGUACUGACAUAAUCAUUUAACAGAUUUUCAUAUGUCUGCUUCUUGGAUGGCUUUAAAUGGCACACAGCCUUCUAUCAUGUGACAGUAUUGACUUCUUUCUCCAACAGAAAAGUGAGCUCUGUUGGAGCUUAAAACUUUUCCAUGUUGCUUGUGUAACAUUUUUCAAGUAAACAGCAGCUUUCAGACAAGCUGUUCAUUUUUCAUAAGCUUAAAUCAUUGAAAUUCCUAAGUAGUAUGUUUGGUAUGCUUUUCUUUUUUUAAGAGUGGCUGUUCAAUUGUCUGCAGAAAAUGUCCCUGCCUUUUCUACAAAAAUCAUUCUGGCAAGAUGUUGUAUGUGCAUUACUCUGAUGUAAAAUAAAAAUGAUUGAUGUAAGUUUUUUUUUUAAAGACCUAGUAUGUAAACUAAUACAUGAGUGGGAAACUGGUCCAAAGUGAAAUUGGACUCCAGAUGCUGUCAGAUAGGAUCCUUAUGUAAUACCAAAGAUGUAAUUUGUUGGCACACAUGACUGACUUUAAGAAUUAAAAUAAAUAAAUAAAAUUCUUGGGCAAUACUGUACCACAUACCAGUAUAAUUUUCCUUUUUUUUGCCAAAUAGAUUGAAUACUGAAUAUGGAAUUUGGUCCUCGUAAUCUGAAGUGAUUUUGAUUAGUGUAGUGCAAAUCCAUUUCUUCUUUUGUAACUUAAAGGAAACUAAACUUGGAAAGUGUUGCCUAUUAGAAUCUACAAUAGUAUAAAUGCAUCAUAAAAACAUACGAUGUAUAUGUAAUUUUAAACAGUACACAUCUGUCUCUCAAGUAGCAGGUGCAUUGUGUUGCAUAACUAAUUUAUACCUUUUUAAAGUAUCUAUAUACAGAUUUUUAAAAAAGUAAUCUGUAAGUAUCUGUAUUCUAGUUACUGAGCAUUGGUGGGGGGUUUCUCUGUCCCCCUUUAGAGGUACUAGAAUGUCAUUAACUUAUUAGGAUUUCUCUUCCCUGAAUCAUGAAUCAAACAGUGCUUAAAUACUCUGUAAGGAUCUGCUAUAUGCCCGGGCUAAUUACAACUGCUAAUACCUCUUGAAAGCCUUAGACUUUGUCAUUUCAUAUAGUUGUGUAAAUGCAUAGAGUCCACCGACUGGAAUGGGGGCGGGGCGGGGAAAUGGUGGUGUUACAAUUCUUUUUGUGACGCACUGUUUUGGCAGAGACAGUAGUUUACCCGACGACACUGACAGCUUUUUAUGUCUUAGCCAUUUCCAUAUUGCAAACUUGAGGUGUGCUUAUUUAAAAGUCCUGUGGCUCAAAUUGACUGAAGUACUGUUAUACUACCUAACCUGAGUUUGGUACUCUGCAAUUUUUGUGUAAAACCAACAUCCCACAAAUAAAACAGUAUUUGUGCU